AUGGGCGGGGUGCACUCGUCGCCGCUGCCGGAUGACCUGUUCGACUCGCCCGCCAUCGAAGGCGCCUCGCCCGAGUACGAGCGGUGGCUGGCCAGCUUGUCGGGGAACAUCUCGAUCCCCGGAUCGCCGGGGCCCGGCGGGCCCGCCGGCCCGGACGCCCCGCCGCCGCCGCCACCCCCGGCCAGCAUUGUGGCCCUCUUCCGGAACAUGCGCCGGCCCGGGGCCGACGCCCUGGCCGAGCACGACCCCUCGGCCGGGGACCUGCUGCUGCUGCCGGGGACCGGGGCCGGGGGCCCCGCCGGGGUGUCAUCCGCCGCGCUGGCCGACACCGAGCUCGAGGCCCAGGCGGCCCUGCGCAUGCUGGGCAUCGACCCGGGGCACCUGCCGCCCGGGGUCCUGGCCACCGAGGCGCUGGAGUCCAUCCAGGCCGAGCGCGCCCACGACGCCAUAAUCCACGCAUCGCGGGUGUUGCGCUUCCGCCAUGGCCUCACCGACCAGCAGAUCUACCUGCUGCUGAAUACCCUGCGCAUGCGCCGGCAGGCGCUGAACUUGGAAAAUUGCGUGGCCCUCAUGCGCUCGGAGUCCGGCAUGUACGACGACCGGGGGGCCCAAAUGUGCCCGGUGCACAGUGUCCACACGCGGCUCCGGCGCCGGGCCCGGCGCUUGCGACAGCGUGAUCGGGAUCGGGCCGCGGCCGCGGCCGAGGCGGCUGCCCUGCGCCGGCGCCGGCCUCGCCGGGCCCCCUGUCCCGGGUGUGGCACCUGCGCCGAUGCGCCGGGGGACCCCCGGCCGGCCGGCCACCCGGCCAGCGCCGGCGCCAGCAGCGGCGCCAGCGCCCACUCGCCCUUUGUUCCGCUGCUGCCGGAGCUGGACCCCGCCGGGCCGGCCGUCCGGGACGCUGCCCGGGUCUUGACCACCAGCCAGCGCUCGGCCUCCUGGUCCCAGGUGAACAGCCCGCAGAUCGCCAGCCGCUUUGACAGCAGCGCCUCGGUGUCGGCCUCCUCCAGCGCGGAGUUCGUCCUGAAUGAGGACUCCCCGGUGCCGGCGCACGGGGUGCUGCUCGUUUCGCCGGGCUGGCGCGACUCGCUGGAUGCCGACAUCGAGGACUGCCUUUCCUCCUCCUCCUCCGCCUCCGCCUCCGGUGCGGCCAGCGAGGGCCCGUUGAGGGCCGGCUCCGACCUGGACGAGGCCGACUCCGACCUGGACGAGGCCGACUCCCACCCGGACGAGGCCGACUCCCACCUGGACAGGGCCAAGUCCCCAUUGGACGAGGCGGGCCCCCGGUGCUCUGGCGGCCCCCGGCCCCUGUUGCUGGACCCCAGCUACCAGGAUGGCUGCCCCUCGGACUGCCCCUCGGACCGGCAUUUCUCCCCGGGCCCGGGGCUGGCCAUCGCCGGGUCCAGCUCCGAGGACAGCCCGCUGGUCGUCGGGGUCUCGGACUCCGAGUGCAUUUGCGGCCAGCUGGCCGGGCUCUCGUGCGCCGAGCAGUUCCUCCACUCGGACCCCGGGUCCUCGGAUGGGGAGGCGUCGGCGCCGGCGGCGCACGCCCUGGCCGGCGAGGACCUGGGCCACGGCCCGGCCCUGGCGGCCGGCGGCCUGCCCGGGCUCUUCCGGCCGUAUCAGCAGCAUGCCGCGCACCCGGACUGGAUGGUCCUGCGGCAGCUCCUGGCCCGGGCCCCGACGCCGAUGCUGGCCGACUUGAACUGCCUCGGGGUGCCGCACUUCGCCCUCCGGGCGGCGGUCCUCCUGGCCAACGACCAGGACUUCCCGGAUCGCGUGGUGCUGGAUGCCGUGCGGCUGCUGAUCGCCCGCUGCCAGGAGGGCCUGGCGUCGGUCGACGCCCCGGGGCUGGGGAUCCGCUUUCUGGCCCUCUGCCGGCAGGCCUUCCGGGACCUGGCCCAGCGCAUGGACCAGGAGGCGUGGGCGGCCGCGGCGCUGGAGGCCGGGCCCGGGCCCCUGCCGGCCGACACCCCGACGGCCCCGAUGGCCGCCCUGGUGGCGGACCUCGAGCGGCAGGGGCGCCUCGGGGCCGGGCGCCCCGGGGUCGACGUGGACCCGGUCUUUGUGGACCCGGAGGACCGCCUCGCGCCGCCGGCCCCGGGCAAUCGCUUUUUGCACAUCUUCCAGCGGGCCGUCCUCCGGACGUACUUUCACCUGCCACUGGACCCUGCCUGGCUGGGCCCGUCGCUGCCGGAGCACGGUGCACGCCUUCUCAAGACGGCGGUCUUCGCCGGGGCCCCGGUCCUGACGGCCGCCGACUACCACCGGCCGCUGAUCAUGGUGGAUCCGCGGCGGCCGGUUCGCUCGACCAUGCACACGGUCAAUGCCCUGUCCUCGGAGGACCUGCGCUUCCGGUUCCUGGUCGGGUACGAGGACUCGUCCCGGCCGGCCGGCAGCUCGUCCCGGCCGCAAACCGUGGACCUCGGCGGCGUCACGCGCGGGUACCUGUCCGACGUGGCGCGCGACCUGCUGGGCCUGGUGCCGCACCUGACCGCGGCCGAGGUCUGGCAGUCUGACCCGCUGGCCGACUCGUCGCUGGCGCAGCGCCUCUACUCCACGGUCAGCCGCCGGCUACAGGAGACCGUGGCCCCGGGCGGGGAGCCGGGCUCGGCGACUUCCUCGCCGGGCCCCUCGCCGGGCCUGGCCGGGGCCCUGGCACCGGACAUCGCCGAGGAGAUCGCCGAGUUCGAGCGCCUGCACAGCGAAUUCCGCUCGCACCUGUGGACCGCCUACGGGCUGGGCUUCAACAGCGGCACCGCCACCGACAUCUUCCCCUCGGUGACCGCGGUCGGCGAGGGCUUUGGCCCGGCCUCGGCCCGGCUCUUCUCCUUCAUCGGCCGCCUGGUGGGGGUCUGCCUCCUCCACCCGGGCAAGUUCCUCUUCCCGCUGCCCCUGUCGCUGUCGCUGUUCAAGCUGCUGCUGGACCAGCCGCUCAAUGCCUGGGACCUGAAGCACCAUGUCGAUCGCAGCCUCUUCAACUCGCUGGAGUACCUGACCGACGUCGAUGAGGCCAUGCUCAGCAGCUUGGUGCUGAGCUUCAGCAACACCCUGCCGCCGUUCCCCAGUCCGGCCGGGCCGCGCGGCCCGGUCGGCCCGGGCCUCGGGGCCACCUCCUUCACCACCUUCAACCUGGCCCCGGAUGGCAGCAACAUCGACGUCAACAAUGACAACCUCUUUGCCUUCUUCACAUUCCACAUCAGCGGCCGGCUGGGCGAGUUCUCCCUCCCGGCCAUCGAGGCCUUCGUCAAGGGCGUGGCCAUGGUCGUCCCCUUGUCCCUGCUGCGGUGCUUCUCGGCUCGCGAGCUCCAGACCCUCACCUGUGGUCUGCACACCGUGGACCCGGAGCAGCUGCUGGCCCUGCUUGACAUCCAGCAGCCGCUGAACUGCCCGUUCGCGGCCACCGGCUGCCCCCCGGCCCCGAAGGACGCCACCAUGGAGCAUAGCCCGCCCGACAGCCCGGACGGCCCGGACAGCCCGGAGGGGGAUCUCGAUUGCCUGGAAGCAGGUCCCCUCGGCCGCCAGGUGGCCCUGCCGGUUGGCCUCCGGCCGGCCGCCCUGCCAGGCAUCAUCACGCGCAAUGCCUUUGGCCGAGGCCCGGCCGGGGGGCUGGGCCUCGGCUCCGGCGGCAUGGCCGCCCGACGGCUCUCGGUCGCGGUGCCGGCCGUGUGCCACUGCCAGCGGCGCCUGGCCGCCUGGUUCCGGUGGUGCCUGUCCCCCCCGCAGAUGGGCCCCGAGGACUUGGGCCGGUUCCUGGCCUUUGCCACCGGCACGCCGCGCAUGCCGGUCGGCGGGCGCCUGGCCACCAACCACUCCGGGCGUCUGACCGUCCGGCCCAUCCUCUCGGCCGGGUACCUGCCCACGGCGCACACAUGCUCCGGGGACCUGGACAUCCCGGUGUUCCCCUCGCGCGAGGCCAUGCUCCAGGGCCUCCUCCGGUCCAUGGAGACCACCGGCUUCCAGCUCACCUAG